AUGCAGAACCAGUCCGAUGGAUCUAACGGCAAGGUAGCAAUCGUUACCGGCGCCGGAACCGGCAUUGGCCGCAGCGCUUCCCUCGCCCUGGCCGCCGAGGGCUACUCGGUGUCCCUGGCCGGCCGGCGGGGACAGCUUCUGGAGGAGACCAUUUCCAUGGCUGGCGAUGCCGCGGGCCGAAUGCUGGCCGUCCCCGGUGACAUUGGCAAGCCGGAAAGUGUGGCUGCCCUGUUCGCUGCCACCAAGGAGCGAUUCGGACGCCUCGACGUGCUGUUCAACAAUGCCGGCAUCAGCGCGCCGCCCAUACCCCUGGAGGACCUGACUUACGAGCAAUGGCAGGCGGUGGUGGACGUCAACAUUACCGGGGCCUUCCUGUGCACCCAGGAGGCCUUCCGCAUGAUGAAGGGGCAGGAUCCCAUGGGCGGGCGCAUCAUCAACAACGGGUCGAUCUCUGCCUACGUGCCUCGGCCCAACUCUGCCCCCUACACCGCACAAAGCACCCAAGCCUCUCACGACAUCGCCUGCGGCCAGAUCGACAUCGGCAACGCGGACACGGAAAUGGCCGCCGUCUUCAAGACAGGUGUCCCCCAACCCUACGGCGAAAUUGCCGUGGAACCCACCAUGGCCGUGGAGAACGUAUCCCGCGCCGUGGUUUACAUGGCCAGCCUGCCCCUCGACGCCAACGUCCAGUUCAUGACGGUAAUGGCCACCAAAAUGCCGUUUAUCGGGAGGGGGUAG